ACUAUUUGGUAACAUUAUACAAUACAGCUUUGUAGGAAACAUUAGUUAAGAAAUAAGUUCAUGUAUGAAGGUGUUAUCGUGACAGCCCAGCUUGAAUUGUAUAACAUGUGAGGGUUCGAAGUUUUCUCGUUCAACUCAAUAUUUCAGCCCUCCGCCUGGGAGCUUAUGCAUUUGCUACCAUUACUAGUUAUACUUAUGUAAAGACUAGCCACUCGAGUCCCAUCAUCAUAAUACAUCAUUAUCUACGAGAGAACUCUAGAUGAACCCUGUGCCGCCUCGUGUGCCAUUUGCUAAUAUAUUUUAAUAGAGUCGCGUCAACAUGUUUGCAAUAAAGUUAAUUUUAAGUAGAGGUCCUGACCUGCACCACGGGCCAGAGCAGGGCCUAUAAAUGCCACAGAGCUUGAUUAUCUGCCACCCAGUUUAAAAAAGUUUGGUCAACUGACAUGUUCGCCUCAACUUUGCUACUCGCGUGUGUCCUGAUCGGAUUCUAUAUUUGGAUAAGGCAGCGUCUAUCCUACUUUGAACGUCGUGGCAUUGCGCAUGAAGCUCCCCUGCCGUUGGUGGGAAAUCUGUGGGGCUGGCGGGUAACAAGACACACCUCGGAAAUAGUACAGAAUCUCUAUGUGAGGUACAAGCACUUGGGCCCACUCAUUGGAUUUUAUUUUCUUAUGACGCCCGCCUAUAUUAUUUCGGAUAUGGAGCUGCUGAAGCGGGUUUUCAUCAAGGAUUUUGCUAACUUCGACGGUCGAGGGCUGUUUUACAAUGAGCGGGACGAUCCCUUGUCCGCGCAUCUCUUUGCCAUUGAUGGUCCCAAGUGGCACAGCCUGAGGCCCCGCAUGUCGCCCAUAUUCAGCAGUGCCAAGAUGAAGCUUAUGUUUCCAGCGGUGCUGCGAACAGCCCGGGAACUGUCGAAAGUGCUACACGAGCGUUGCUCGGGAAAGGCUGCUUCUUUGGAGGUCACCAAGCUGCUGGCGUGCUACACGGCGGACACCAUUGGCUCCGCAAUUUUCGGGCUGGACUGUAAUAGUCUGCGCAAUCCAAAAGCGCCCUUUGUGCAGAUGGGACUGAAUGCGAUGCUUAAGAAGCGCAUCGAUUACAUAUUCUGUCUGCUCUUCCCAGAGCUGAGUCUCAGACUGCACAUCAAGCGAACGCCCGCCGACGUGGAGGCCUUCUACAUGGGCCUGGUCAAAGACACCAUCAGCCACAGGGAGCAGCACAAGAUAAAGCGCAAUGACUUUGUUGAUAUCAUGCUGGAAAUGAAGCAGAAAUACGAUUCGGGCAACACAGCCGAGGGUCUGACGGUCAAUGAGAUCGCCGCCCAGAUGUACGUAUUUCUGGUGGCGGGCUUUGAGACAACAUCCACAGCUCUAACCCUGGCCUUGUACGAGCUGGCACGUCACGAACAUAUCCAAAGCCAGCUGCGGGAAGAGAUCGAGGAGGUCAUUGCGAACUAUGGGGAGAACGGAGAGCUAAACUACGAGGCCAUGCAGAAAAUGAAGUAUCUGGAGCAGGUCAUAUCGGAAACCCUGCGGAUGUAUCCCGUGGCCACAGAGCACAUGCGUCGUGCCAAUGGACAUUUCGAGGUGCCAGAUCAUCCGAAGCAUUAUAUACCAGCUGGAUCGCAUCUGAUCAUACCUGUCUAUGCCAUACACCAUGAUCCGGAAUAUUAUCCGGAGCCGGAGAAGUUUCUGCCCGAACGUUUCACAGAGGAGGCCAUACAGAAACGGCCCAGCUGCGCCUUUCUACCCUUCGGUCUGGGUCCCCGCAUCUGCAUUGGCAUGCGUUUUGGCCGUAUCAAGCUGGCCGUGGGCUUAAUUGCAUUAAUACGUAAUUUUCGCUUUGCCUUUGCGCCCACCACCCCACAGACCAUGCAAUUCGAGAAGCAUUCGUUUCUACUACACACAAAAGGUUUCCAGCUGCAAGUGGAGCCGCUCGGCUAG